CAGAAAUAGGCUCCGUGUCUGCGGAUCGAUUUGAAGUGUCUUGGAAGCGAAGGCCGCGGGUCUGCAUCCACAUGGAAGUGAGUUUAUCGUCCGUUGUAUUUCACCACAUCGGUCAGUCACAGUCUGAGUGUGCGGCUGAGGGCCCUGAGUUACGGAACAUCAACAUGCUUUGUUCGUGAGCGAGGAAACAGAUAUCUUCCGUGAAGAUUGUGUGUUG